GAAGCAUUGGCACUUGGAAAUGAGAACAGACCCCCAAUCUUGAGAAGAGGAGAAUAUCAGAUGUGGAAAACAAGGUUCUUAAACUUUCUGGAAGGAAAGGACAACUCUUCUGCAAUGCUGGAAUCGCUUACUGAAGGACCAGCACAAAUUUGGGUAGAUGUGACAACAGAUGGUGUGAACAAUCCUCCAGUUGCUGUUGAAAGAAGGUUGAAAGCAAAGUCUGAGUACACUGAAGCAGACAGACUAAGAGUCAAAGCAGAUCUAAUGGCUAAAACGUACCUGCUCCAAGCUAUUCCCAAUGACAUAUACAUAUUGAUUGAUAGCAUGGAAACAGCUAAGGAGAUGUGGGAUGAAAUUAAAAAAUUGAUGAUUGGAACUGAUUUGGGUUUAAAGACAAAGAAGGCAAACAUCCUGACUGCCUAUGAUGGAUUUAAAGCUCUACCUGGUGAGGCGCUCCAUGAAACAUACAACAGAUUUGUACAACUGAUCAAUGAGAUGCGAAAGAUCAAGGUUGUCAAAUCAAACAUGGAAAUGAACAUACGUUUCUUGUCGAGCCUGCCACCAGAAUGGAGAAGAACUGUGAAGAACCUACGUCAACAUCUGGAUUUGGAUGAACUUGAUCUGUGUACUGUGCAUGAGCACCUUCAACAGUUUGUGAAUGACACUGCUGACAUGGAAGGAAACUACUCUGGAAAUCCAUUAGCACUAAUGAUGGAAGCUCAACCCAAGAGUUCGUCCAAAGCUCAGAAGAAAAAGAAGGCAGUUGUUGUGAUGUCUGAAGAAGAAGAAAGUGAGGAGGAAGUGGAUGUCGAGUCAGAACUGGCCGAACUGCAAAAGAAAAUGGCCCUGCUGACUAAUCAAUUUAAUACACGAUUUCCGAAGAAAGGUAACUCAUCAAACAAACUCCGGACCUCCUCUGCCAACUACAAAUCAAAGGGCAAUGAUCAGAACUCUUCCAGUAGAGCGGUUGCAACUGAAGACCCUCCUAAAUGCUUCAAUUGUGGAAAAGCUGGACAUGUCAUCAAAGACUGCCGCUUGCCAAGGAAGAGGGACUUUAACUAUUACAAGCAGAAGAUGCUAUGGAACAAACAGAAGAUGUUCAUGGCCAAGCAAGACGAUGAUAAUGCUGCAACACUCACUGAGGGAGAUCCAUGGCAGGAAGAGAGUUCUGACGAUGAAGAAGGAGAAAACUUAGCCCUAAUGGCCAUUGUUGAGAAGGAAGAAGAAGAAAAGGGUGAUGUUGCGAUCCCCGGUGGAAGUUCAAGCUCCAAUCACACUGUAAGUACUCCUAAACCGUCUUGCUCUUGCUCAUGCAAAGUUCAUUCUUUUCAAGAAAAGGAUAACACCAUAAAGGAGUUAAAAGACAGGUUAGAUCAUAAUUACAAGAAUCUACUCAUAAAGCUUGACAGAAUCACUUCCUUAAGCAUACAACUGGAUAAUAAAAAGGAUAUGGUGAAAAAGCGAAAUUCCGAAGUAGAAAUACUUACACAGAAAGUCGCUGAACUCACUAGACAGUUAAGUGAAUGAGAAGCAGAACGAAAUUGUGAGACAGCUAGAAAGGAGAUGCUAUUAAAUAGAGUCAGCAUUCUUUACAAGAAAAUCAAAGAAUUAGAAGAUUUAAUUGCCAAAAGAGGACAGUCAGAACAAACAAUUUUUCUAAAUCAAAACAAGGACACUCGUUUCUAUAACUCUAAAGAAGGUCUUGGCAUCACAAACCCUCGUAAUUUGAAAAAGGUCAAUUGCCGUCAACUCUAUGAUAUCAAUUACAUGGGUUUGGGAUUAACCAAGUUGAUGCUCUUUGUCGGAGCAAAAGAAACUACUGAAGAACAAGAGACAAAGAGAUCAAAUCCUUCUAAAGCUGAGGUUCCAUUCAAUUAUGACUCUCUUAACGAAAGUUAUGCCACAAAAGAACCUGUUUUUUCACAUGAUGAGAGUGUUAGCCCUUACCCUUCUGAGACAGAAGUGGUGUCAGAUCCAGAACCUCCUUCAACCUCUAAUUCUGAAAAGGAGGAAGAACCCUAUAUCCCUCCACUGAUAAGGAAAUUUGAAAAACUUCACAUUACUUUAGAAGAACAAAGAAAAAGCUUUGAAGAAGAAAGAAAAAGCUUUGAAAGUGAAAGGGAUCGGUUGUUAAAUGAAUUAACUCUUUUGAAAGAAGGUUCUCGAUCCAACAUAACUUCUCAAUCAUCUAGUGAUACUGAUGCUUCUCAACGAAAUUUGAACAACUCUGAAUUUUUCCAAAAACCACCCACUCACUCCAAGUCUCCUUUGAAAACAGGGAAUGAAGUAAGUAAGAGAUUGGAGAGGAGACGUGAGUGGAGAAAGAAGAGAGAAGAAAUAGCUGAAGGGAAGAAGAAGAUGUUUUUCGAAAAUAAGAAGUCAUGUUCAAAUGCUGUUUUCUAUUCAAAUAAGCGUAGAUCUACUUCUAUGUCACAGUCUUGUAGUUCUACUUCAGUCUCGUGUCUCGAGCUGAAUGAAUCUAAUUUCACUUCUGAUCCAUUUUAUUUCAAUAAGAAGUCGUAUGCUCCUAAGUUAGGAAAUGCAUGUUUUAAUGAUUCUGAUCAUAAAUGUGUUGUGAAUUCUGUUCGUGAGAGAAAACAGAAAGAGCACAAACAAAAGAAACAAUCUGAGAAUAGAGCGGUAGAGGGUAUUUAUAAUUUUCCAAAUUUGAAAUAUCCUCUUAAAGUUCAUUCAAAGAAACACUUACAAAGACUCUCUAAGGAAGCAAUUUUAAAACCUUAUCUCACGAACCAGUCGUUCACACACAGAAACAAUGACUCUGUCUUCUCUGCUCCUAAAAUCAAACAAAAAUGGAUACCAAAAGCUGAGAUCGAAAGACAAAAACCAUUGUCUGAAAAGGCUGCUGACCUUGGAUCAAAGCUGAAAGAAAAAUUCAAAAAGAUAUUCUCAAUUGAUAAGGAAGGACCCAUCCUGCGGUGGGUACCUAAAAGUCCUUAAUCUGUUUUGCAGGACGGUCAUGUGUGGCACUUAGAUUCAGGCUGCUCAACCCACAUGACCGGAAUAAAAGAGCUGUUGAGCAAUUACACCAAAUGCUACGGAGGAAAUGUGAGAUUUGGAAACAACGCGGCCUCUCCAAUCCUAGGAUAUGGGGAUGUCAUCUGUGCAAGUGUCACCAUAAAGGCUGUCUCAUACGUGAAAGGACUGAAGCAUAAUCUACUAAGCAUUGGACAGUUUUGUGAUAGUGGCAUGGAAGUGAAGUUUAUAGCUAGACAAUGUUGUGUGCUGGACAGGUUUGGGAAGGUAUUAUUGACCUGCACGAGAACUUCCAACCUGUACACCAUUGAUCUGAAGAGCGUACAAUUACCUUCUUCCAUCUGCCUGCUGUCCAAAGCUUCCUCUGAACAAAACAGUCUAUGGCACAGACGCCUUUCUCAUCUCAACUUCAAAUAUCUCACAACUCUAUCCUCCAAGAAACUUGUGAAAGGGCUGCCUCCUUUGAAGACUUCCGCUGACACUCAUUGUGAUGCCUGCAAACUAGGCAAAAUGAAAAGGAGCUCUCACAAGUUAAAAUCUGUUCCAUCCUCCUCCCGACUGCUGCAACUACUUCAUAUGGAUCUGUGUGGACCGAUGAGAGUCCAAAGUAUCAAUGGACGCAAAUAUACACUGGUCAUUGUGGAUGACUUCUCUCGGUACACAUGGACCAAAUUUCUGAGGACAAAAGAUGAAACAGCUGCAACCAUCAUAACCUUCAUCAGGACGAUCCAAAAUUUUCUACAAAAGAGUGUGGAGAUCAUCAGAACAGAUAAUGGUACCGAGUUCAAGAAUCAGUCUCUUGUUGAUUUCUAUGGAACUCAGGGUAUCACACAGCAAUUCUCUGCAGCAAAGACACCACAACAGAACGGGGUCGUUGAAAGAAAGAAUAGAACUCUUGUUGAAGCAGCACGCACCAUGCUCAUUCAGUCAAAGCUUCCCCAUUUCAUGUGGGCUGAAGCAAUCAACACGGCGUGCUUUACUCAGAACAGAACAUCAAUUCACAAACGCUUCAACAAGACCCCCUAUGAAAUACUCUUCAACAGAACACCUGACAUCUCAUUCUUCAGAGUGUUUGGCUGCAAGUGCUUUGUUCUAAAUGACAGAAAUGAAAGAAGCAAGAUGGAUCCGAAAGCCAUCGAAGGGGUAUUCAUUGGGUACUCCACGCAAUCAAAGGCGUAUCGGGUCUAUCUACGUGAUCGCAGAACAGUCAUUGAGAGUGUCAACGUUGCAUUCUAUGAAAUGGCUGACUUUGCUUCUGAACAUUUCUUGAUAGAACACACACUCUCUGAUCAAAGGAAGCAACCUGAUGGAGCUGAAGCAACAAAGCAAACAACAGCUGACAGUGCAAUUCUCGACUCUCUCUUUGAACAUUUCUAUAAGAAUGCACGCACUGCCAACCAACAAUUACCAACAGAAGCUGCUCAACCACCAUUUAUGCCUGACCUCAGUGAGGAAGAAGCUGACUCACCUCAUGCAUCAGAUCACGAAGAUACUGAGGAUCAUGGCACGACAGCAACACAAGCAACUUCACCAGCACAAGUUUCAGAAAUACCAGAAAUACCAGCUCAAGCAGCUACAGAACCUGCAUCGACCCCUGUGCACUCCACUCCCCAACAAACCACAUCUACUACUUUUGAGGACCCGGAUCACCCCAUCAUAACUCCAAUCCCUCUAACUCAUGAGCGGAAAUGGACAAAGGCACAUCCUGCAGAACAAAUUAUUGGAGAUCCAAGUCGUGGAGUUUAUACAAGAACAGCCACAGCAAAUGAAUGUCUCUUCUCUUGCUUCAUCAGCCAAUCUGAACCAACCAAAGUUUCUGAAGCUCUAACAGAUCCAGAUUGGGUGAUAGCAAUGCAUGAGGAGAUCAAUCAGUUUGAAAGAUUGGAUGUAUGGACCCUGGUGCCAAGACCCCCAAAGAAAACAAUAAUUGGCACCAAGUGGGUCUUCAAGAACAAGAAAGAUGAAGACGGUGUGAUAAUCAGGAACAAAGCCCGACUGGUUUCAAAAGGAUACAAUCAACAAGAGGGAAUUGACUAUGAUGAAACCUUUGCACCAGUGGCCAGAAUUGAAGCAAUCAGGCUGUUCCUUGCUUAUGCUGCUCAUAAGAGUUUCAUCGUCUAUCAAAUGGAUGUAAAGACUGCGUUUCUGAAUGGAGAACUGAAAGAAGAAGUUUACGUGGCACAACCAGAAGGCUUUGUUGAUCCUGAACGCCCACAUUAUGUCUACAAGCUGAAGAAAGCUCUGUAUGGACUAAAACAGGCACCGAGAGCCUGGUAUGAUGCACUAUCUGACUUUCUUGUACAAUCAGGCUACUCGAAGGGAAAGAUAGAUCCAACUCUUUUCAUCAAGCGAGAGAACAGUGACAUCAUGUUGAUAUAAGUCUAUGUAGAUGACAUCAUAUUCGCCUCGUCCAAUCCGAACUUCUGCGAAGAAUUCAGCAACUUGAUGCACACUGAGUUUGAAAUGAGUAUGAUGGGAGAGUUGAACUUCUUUCUAGGGCUACAGAUCAAGCAAAUGCCAGACGGAAUUUUCAUCAGCCAGUCAAAGUACAUCCAUGAAAUGCUCAAGAGAUUCAAGAUGGACAGCAAGUCAACCAUGAAAACCCCCAUGUCUCCCUCACAAAAGCUCGACUCUGACCCUUCCGGGACUUCAGUCGAUGCUACCAACUAUCGGGCUAUCAUCGGUUCGUUGCUGUACCUGACAUCUAGUAGACCGGAUUUUGUCUUUGCAACUUGUCUGUGCGCUCGCUUUCAAGCAGAUCCAAAGGAAUCACAUCUGAAUGCAGUAAAGAGAAUCCUGAGAUACCUGAAAGGAACAGUCAACUUAGGACUUUGGUAUCCCAAGGACACGGGUUUUGACCUUGUUGGUUACUCAGAUGCUGAUUUCGCGGGUUGCAAGCUAGACAGAAAGAGUACAUCCGGUGAUGCUCAAUUUCUGGGAGAGAAGCUAGUCUAUUGGUCCUCCAAGAAGCAGAACUGCGUGUCAACUUCUACAGCCGAGGCAGAAUACGUUGCGGCUGCUAGUUGCUGUUCACAAAUCCUAUGGAUGAAGACACAACUCAGAGACUAUGGCUUCCUAUUCAACCAUAUUCCCAUCUACAGUGACUCCCAGAGUGCAAUCGCCAUAACCAGCAACCCCGUUCAUCACUCGCGCACCAAGCACAUCGAUUUGCGCUAUCACUUCAUCAAGGACCAUGUGGAGAAAGGAGAUGUUGAUCUGUACUUUGUAAACACUGAGCUUCAACUGGCUGACAUAUUUACUAAGGCACUGGAUGACAAGAGAUUCCAGUUCCUAGUAUCUAAGUUAGGCAUGUUGAAUCUCGAUCCUAUGUAAUUGUGUUAUCUCCAUGGUCUGAAUAAAAUGUGUGAGUGAGCGUGGUGUGCGUUGCAUGUGUUGAGGGGGAGAAAAGGGAGAAAAUAAAAGAGAGAGGAAUACUUUGAGGGGGAGAAAUGAAGAAAAUCAGAAAAAGAGUGUGUGUGUGUGAGAAAAGAAGAAAAUCAGAAAAAGAGUGUGUGUGUGUGUGAGAAAAGAAGAAAAUCAGAAAAAGAGUGUGUGUGUGAGAAAAGAAGAAAAUCAGAAAAAGAGUGUGUGUGUGAGAGAAAUGAAGAAAAUCAGAAAAAGAGUGUGUGUGUGUGUGAGAAAAGAAGAAAAUCAGAAAAAGAGUGUGUGUGUGAGAGAGAAAAGAAGAAAAUCAGAAAAAGAGUGUGUGUGUGAGAAAAUAAGAAAAUCAGAAAAAGAGUGUGUGUGCGUGUGUUUUUCAUCUUUUUCCUUUUUUCAUGUACUGUUCGAGGGGGAGUUCAAUUUUCACACAUAAAUAAAUUUUCUUUGGGGCCCAAAAUCAUUUUCUAACAAAGACAGGGCCCAGCUCUACUUCUGGGCCCAGUAUACUUCUCGAAAGGCCCAUGUUUCCGCGUAUAAAAGGCACCUCGAGAACUAGAGAACUCAUUUUCUCGCAUCCUCAGUUCUCGAAGUCCAGAUCUAAAGCCUUCUCGCAAAACGCACUCUCUCUCUCGAACUCACUCUUCUCGAAUCAGACAAAAGGUAGUAAUUUGGUUCUCGAAUGAACUUCAAAUGAUUUUCGCAUGUAAUGAAACGGUUCUCGAUAUCAAACCAAGAUUUUUUUUUCAAAAAUUGAAUAUCGAGAACUCCUUUUUCUCGAACCGAAAGUUUGGAAUCGAAAAGUGGUUAUUGAUUUUCAUUAUGAUAAUGUGAAAUUGCAGGUGGUUCUCGACAUAUCUUCUAAAUGCGAACUCGAGAAAUCAAUUUUCUCGAUGUUUAGAACUCGAGAUCAACUUCUCGAUACUUUGAAUUUCGAGGAACGGUUUUCGAUGUUAAACCUCGAAAAGAUACUUUUCGAUGUUUAAUACCGAGAACCUACUUCUCGAAGUUGGAAAUACCGAGAAGAGGUUCUCGAUACUAAACCUCGAGAAGAUGGUUCUCGAUGCUCAAAUCUCGAGAAGGACUUUUCGAUACUUCCAUAUCGAGAACCAAGUUCUCGAUAUUUGAGUAUCGAGAAGAGCUUCUCGGUAUUUAAACCUCGAGAACCUACUUCUCGAUGUUCAAACCUCGGGAAGUUGGUUCUCGUGGUUUACACUUAGAAUAAUUUCGAUGUCCCACCUGUACACACCUGAUCUGAAAAAUUGCAAACACAGAACAAAAAAAAAAUAUUUUCAAAUGAACAUUUGUGCUGACCCAAUUCUUUCAGUUAACAAUGUCAGGAACGGACAGGACUGCACAAUCAAGUGAUGCACUAUACUCAAAAGAGAACUGGGUCCCAAUCUAUGACAAUAAUUUUCAGCUGGACCUAAAACUCUUCAAAUGUCAGGACCCAGUCAUUCUCUCCAUUCUACAGAAGCACUACCUCUGGUUUGCAUUCAAUGAAGCCAAACCGGUGCCAGAGGUAUACCUGCAGCAAUUCUGGGGCUGCAUGCGAACUGAGAGCAAGAAGGAUUGGUCCAAAAUCAUGACCAAAUUGGGUGACAAAAGAGUGGUGCUGACACCAUCUACAAUCCGGGAGACCCUGAAGCUCCCAGUGCACCAAAGCUACGCACCACUCCCCUCCAACGAAGAACUGAUCAAGGGGAUGAAGGAUUUAGGCUAUGACAGCCCACUGCCCCUGCUGUCAAAUUUCACUAUCUCCAACCUGCCCCACCCAUGGAAGAGUCUGUUCGGCCUGGUCAACAAAUGCUUGUCUCCUAAGCAUGCCGGACAUGACAAGUGCAACAAGCAGAUCCUACAAAUCUUCCAUGGGAUUGCAUAUGACAAGAAGUACGACAUGGCCCAGCUCUUCUGGACAGAGCUGAUGGACCAGGUAAAGGUGAAGGAAAACAACAAGGGAAGCACAAUUCCCUACGCUCGGUGGCUGGCGCUGAUGAUCCACAACAUGUUGGAAGCCACCCCCACAAUGCCUAAGCGCAAGGAAGACAAACACUUCGCCGCUCCAAAGCUCAAGUACUUCCAGAGAGACAACAAUAAAGCUGAAGCACUGCCAAUUCCGGAUUCUCUGCUCAAUCUAGCAAACCCGAAGGACAAGGCCAUCAUCGACUACAAAGAGUCAUUGAAGAGAACGGUUCCUAUGGUUCAGCAAAAAUCAGCUGGACCUUCCCAAGGGACCAAGCCAAGUGAGGGUAGUAAGAAGAAGAGAGCCCCGCCACAGAAACCAGUGGCAACCCGGCCUAAUGAUGAUCAGUCUGCUAACUCUUCCGAGAGGACCCAGACUGCUGAGGGCCACUCUAAUGCUGAGGACACUGCCGAUGAACCAUCAAGCCAGGCCCCUUCUAAUAAGGCUGGUGGUGAGGCCUCCGAUAGCAUGGCCAAAGGGAAUGAACGAAGAGAUGAUGAUGAUGAUGAUGAUGCAGAUGAUGAUGAUGACAUGGAGGGAGUCCUGAUCAGCAACAGGAAGAGAGCUGGUAAACAGGCCAUUCCGAUAGACUCCGACUCCUCAUCAGAUGAUAUUGAGGCUGCACUCACACCCCGACCACUCAAAGGGAUCAUCAUUAGUGAGCAGCGCUCCAAGAAACACAAUGAAAAGCCUGCAUCAUCACAACCUAAGAAGAGGCUCAGAAAGAAGAGUGCAGUGGAAGAGGAGCUGGCACUGUACGAUGACUGUGACACCUUCGUCACUAUAGACCGAACCACGCCCCUAGGAGCAGGAGCUGACCCUGUCAGUUCCCGGGUAGAAGUCGCAGCAUCCGGUUCAACUGCGCAUGCACAGCCAUCUCCCAUCCACUCUCCAGUCUCCCAACAGACUGGGGUUUCAAUAACACAAGGGGAACUUACACCGACCUCACUGAUUCCUUCCGAAUCUACUGAGAGACUUAGUGGUCAACAGCCCCGGACCACUACCCCCAUCCGUUCUAUCACAUCGAGUCUAGGUGUCACCAUUCCUACAUUUUUAAAUUUCACUAGGACACCUACACUAUUCACUGCACAUACAGGUGCACUCACCCUGAAUGCAACGACCGGAGUGCAAACUAUGAUGGUCGGAAGCCCUGCUACGCCAACAAUGCCUCGAUCAUUGAACGCAGGCCACACAACAGUUACAACCCCUGUAACUGGUACCAUUAUCCCCGAAGACAUUCUCGUGUAUCUGAAUAGCUUUCUAGAGUCUACCAUUAAGCCAUGGGUGCAUGAAGCAAUAACCGCUAAUGCACAAGACUCUGGAAGUACCCCAGUUGUUCAGGAUAUACCACCCAAACCUCAAACAACACAGCCCCCAACCAUUUCCAUUCCUAUUUCCAAACCUUUAGCCAUAGAAAACCAACAACCAUCCACAUCAAGGGGAACCCAGGAUACAGAACUAGUAUUCUCCCCUACAACGACCAAACCCAACCUAACAACCGUACCCUUCGAGGAUCUUGUAGCUGAGAUCUACGACCGUAUACUAGACGUGGAAGAAGGCAACCUCACCCCUCUUCAAAAAGCCCUUCUCCAUGCUCUAGAUACACAGAACACAUGCCGUGACAGUCUCCGUGGCGCUAAACGUUCACAUGAGGAUCCCGAUGAUUCGGAUUCUCAUGAGGGGGAGAACAAGCGCCAGCGGAUACUUGAGCAUGUUGCUUCUACUAGCCAACCCUCAAAGCCAAACCAACCCUCCACCUCUACCAAUGAGCAACCCACUACUUCAGCCAGCCAUAAAUCCCUAGCCACUCUCUCUAGCAUGGUCGAGCUAGACAUAACAUCCCGAGGUACAUCUCCUAUAGAUGUUAACCAAGGACGGAUUGGAAGUCCUGAUGAUGCUACCACGAGUACAUCCUCUUACUCAGGCCAUCAGUUAGAACCUAGUUCGAAACUGAUGUCAACGGGCAAUCCUGAGGAUCCCGGUGUUUCACUUUCUCAGCCAAGGGAGGAUUGGCCGCAUGUAACGAAGUAUAGAGGUCUGGUCUCUGCGCAAGAGCAUCGUGUUGAGAUAAUUGAGGAUCCCUGCAAGUCUCACCAGGAUCCCGAUGCUACGCCAGACAUAUCGCCACAGCAGCAGCAGAAUCCCUCCAGCCAACACGAUGAUCAAACACCCGAUGAACUUGAAGAAAUUCUUGUUUAUGACAAAUGGCCCCGCCAGUGGACAGAAUGGGAUGAUCUUAGAGUGGAGGCGGAGCAGUACGAAAUGUGUCGAAGUUGGCAUCUCAGAGAGUUUCUCAAUAAAUAUCAUGCACAAAUGAUUGGGCUCGACAAUGAUGAGAUAAAAGAAGGAGAAAAAUACAAGGAGCCUAAAUCUGUCACGAAACAAAAGACUACUCCGAAACCCCUGGACAGUGUCAGGAUUAAGACUCCCUUUCUGGAAGAAAUCAAAGAACGAAUUUGGCGCACACCUGAGAAGAUCAAGACCUACAGAGAGCUCAGGAUGCGUGGCAUCAAUCACCUCAAAGGAAGAGACAGAGGUGGAAACUUGUACAUGCUCGGACACAGAUCCACAGGAGAACGACGACAAACUUUGAAUCAUAAUCUUGCAACAAGCGGAUGUCCAGUACAAACAAUCCUGAAAGUAACAGAAGAAUACUUGGAGAAGAUCAAAUUCAUGGUCUUUCACCUACAGAGAACUGAUGGAUCAACAUUCACCUGUCAAGAAAAUGAUUUCUUUCUAUUACAUAUGGACGACGUCUAUCAAAUGUUUAUGAGAUGCAGAGAGCUACCAGUCCAUAAAGAUAGACUUGCAAAGGAAGGUUUUGAAGCCAUAAAAAGAUUCAUGAUGAGACAAAUUCGUUAUCAUGGAGGUCAUGAUCUUCAGAUGGGCCUGGAAAUGAAUUAUCCCAAAGUGAAUCUAACAAAGCCAGACCUUGACAGACCAGGGAUAGAAGACUUCCCAGAAGAUCACAUCUUUGACAACCCAGUCUCGGUCAUCUAUCUGAAUCAUGAAGGAAAGAAGCGGCUUUUGUUUGCCAGUGAAAUAAACAAAUAUUGCGAUGGGACACUAAAGAUCAUCAGAAAUAGAUUGCAAUCAAAAAGGGAAGAACUCGUCAAAAAGUCAACAGAAGCUACAAAGGAUGAACUCAGGGAGCUGGAAAGAACAGAAGAUGUCCUAAAAGCCAUAAAGACACAACUUGAGAACAGAAAUUCACUCAGGAGCUAUGAGCAUGCACUUAAUCUCAGAAAGAACUAUUACAAAGCUCAGAAGUGAAGAAACCCAGCAAGACGGCACUUGACCACAAAGGGGGAGAUUGUUAGAACUUUUAUUGUGGGUCAAGUUUGUCUGUUAAGUCUUGUUUAAUAAAGUAGACUAGUUAUACCGUUUAUGGUAUUAGAUUAGUAUUAUUAUGUAAUAAAUAAGGUAAAGGGAAUAAGGCCCAAAAAGGCCUUGGCCCAACUUCCAAGGUUUACCUAAAUCGGUAACCUGUACAGCGCCUAUAAAUAUGCGCCUUGUGUACAGGUACCGAGAGACAUCAAUCGAUCAAUACACUCUAGCCUUACGCUGCUAAAAUUCUUCUCGAUAUAAUAGAAACACGAUC